AUGGGUCGCAGAAGGGCCAUCCUAUGGGCACUUUUCCCAUGCUGCAACCCCAAGAAAAAGGCCAAGACAAGAAAUAAGUUGGCUUCAUCCCAAGUCGUGGAAGCAGAGUGCCCGGAGGAGUUGGCAUGUCGACAUCUAAAAACAUACAGGGAGCAGCUUCUUAGAAGAGAAGCAGAAAUCUCGGAACUAAAAGCAGAAAGGAACAACACCAGGCUGCUGCUGGAACACCUGGAGCUCCUGGUUUCCCGGUACGUGCCGUCCCUCCAGAUGACGGUGGAGAGGCAUCAGGCGCGGUCCCCAGCCAGCAUGACCAGCGAGUUGGAGGUCCUCAGGGCACUGAGAUUGCUCUUCGAGCACCACAAGGCCCUGGACGAGAAGGUGCAGAGCCAGAGGGAGCAGGACUGGGAGUCCGCGCAGCAGACCCGCGUGGUGGCCACCAUGGCCCAGGACUUCGAGAGUGACGAGGAUGUGUCUGACGGCGAGGGCGACAGGGUCACCCUCUUCAGCUCGGCCGGUCAGCUGCCGCCCAGUGGGCAGGCCGAUGCCGACACUCUGCCUGUGAUGCCUCGGGAGCAGCUGGACACCAUCAGUGAGGAGACCCGCUGGGUGUCCGGGGGCCCCGAGGCCUUCCUGGGCCACACCCGCACAGCUGAGCCCCUGUCCCGGUUCCACGUGCAGAGCGGUCACAGGCCGGUGACCAUGUGCAGGAGCAGGCAGAGGUGGCUCCAGGAGGAAAGGGAGAGCAUGGAGCAGCGGGCCGAGGAGACUGAGAGCAGGCACCCCCCCCAAGCCUCCCGUGCUGCCGGGGCCCCGACGCCCCCACCGGCCGCCUACCUUGGGUCCCACACGGCAGCAGGAUCUGCAGAGACAGGCUGUGUGACAACUCCCGUGGAGAAGAGGCGCUGCACGCGAGGUCCCCGCCAGGUUCCUUCCAGCCCUGCGGCAGGACUCGGGCAGCCGCGCUCCAGUUCAGGCAGCUCAGUGCCCGGGAGCCCUUCUGCUGGGCACUGCGGAGCAGCACUGUGCCCUGGGGCUGGUGACCUGGGUCUGCCAGCUUUAAUGGAAGAGGUAGAAGAUGACAAGACUGCCAUCCAAUGUGAAGCCUCGAGCCCUGCCUCGCCGCGGUCCCUUUGGCUGGACCGGCUGCACACGGGGGUGCUGCGCGCAGCCAGCCCAGAGGACGUCAGGGACACCUGCAAACCACCGCCUGCUGAGCUCCCGUCCUCAGCCAGGCAGCACUCAAUGGAGGGCACGUGUGGUCUCCUGUGCAGCAGCUCUCCUGCCACGGCCGGGGACGGCCACCCUGCAGAGGACGGCCCCGGGGGCAACCCCAGCAGCAGCACCAUCAGCCAGGACUCGCUGCACAAAGCCCCGAAGAAGGGCAUCAAGUCGUGCAUCGGCCGCUUGUUUGGAAAGAAGGAAAAGGGCCAGCCUGGACACCCGGCAAGGAGGCCUUAG